AUGAUUUCAUUAACAAAGAGAUACUGCGUCGAAUUUGAUGACGGAUCGAGGGAGUGUGGCUUUGACGACAAUGGCUUUUGGUACUCAGACAAAGGCAUAAUCGUCAAAUGGAUUAUCCUCGCAGCUUUCUUUCUCAUAUUCUUCGGUUGGUUUGUAGGAGGCCGCAUCCACGCAAAGCAACGUCUGAGGAAGGGCCUACCGUUGCUCUCAUACCAUCGCUUCCUCAUAUCCUACUCUGAACGCCGCCGUCAUGGUCAGGUCCCCCAGAACCACUUCACCUUCUACCAAACGCAAAACCCCUACGCACCUAACGCACCAAACCCGCAAUACACACAAAGACAGGACGGCACAUGGGCAGAACCCCCGCCGCUGUACCAGAACACUGAUGCACCGCCCCAAUACUUUGCGCCCCCUCCUCCCGGCGCCACCAAGAUGAACCCGAACCAAGGAGCUCAGGGUAUGGAGAUGCCGGUAUACGGUGCCCCACCACAAGGAGUACCGCAACAAGCCGGACCUCAACAGAGCGGCGUUGUCGGUUCUGAUGUCGAGCAAGGACAAUCACAAGAACUGCCACCUCGGCCAGCAAAGGCCAAGAUUAUGGGUGUUUUGGAUAGAUUCAGACGGUAG